CGCCCCCCCCUGCAGCUCCUCCCCACAAACUCUCCUCCCUCCCCCCCAUCUCCCCUCUCCCAGCUUCCUCGCUCCAGCUCCUCCCCUCCUCCGCGCCUCCCGGCUCCCCUCCCCCUCCGCCGCUGCUCCCCGCCCCCGCCUCCGCCGAUCUGCUUCUCCGCAGUCUGGGCCGCUGGGUGCAGAGGCUGCCGCAGCGUCGACGGCCACCGCCACCUCCCCAAUUCCGAUACCCAUUGUGUUCACCCCAUCCCGCCCUCCACUUCUUCACCACCAUGGCGCAGGAAACCGGGAGGAGCUCUCGUCUCGGGGGGCUCUGCGGGGAGCCUGCGGAGCGCCGAGGUGAUGCUAGCGAGGAGGACCAACCCCAAGUCUGUGCCAAAUGCUGCGCACAAUUCUCUGACCCGACCGAAUUCCUCGCUCACCAGAACGCGUGUUGUACUGACCCACCUGUAAUGGUGAUCAUUUCGGGCCAGGAGAACCCCAACAACUCUUCAGCCUCCUCUGAACCCCGGCCAGAGGGCCACAAUAGUCCCCAGGUCAUGGACACAGAGCACAGCAACCCCCCAGAUUCUGGGUCCUCCGGGCCCGCGGAUCCCACCUGGGGGCCAGAACGGAGAGGAGAGGAGGCUUCCGGGCAUUUUCUGGUCGCUGCUACAGGUACAGCGGCUGGGGGAGGUGGGGGCCUGAUCUUGGCCAGUCCCAAGCUGGGAGCAACCCCAUUACCUCCGGAAUCCACCCCUGCACCCCCUCCUCCACCACCUCCCCCUCCACCCCCUGGUGUAGGCAGCAGCCACUUGAACAUCCCCCUGAUCUUGGAAGAGCUGCGGGUGCUGCAGCAGCGCCAGAUCCAUCAGAUGCAGAUGACUGAGCAAAUCUGCCGGCAGGUGCUGCUGCUUGGCUCCUUGGGGCAGACGGUGGGUGCCCCUGCCAGUCCCUCAGAGCUACCCGGGACAGGUACUGCGGCCUCCACCAAGCCCCUACUGCCCCUUUUCAGCCCCAUCAAGCCUGUCCAAACUGGCAAGACACUGGCACCUUCCUCCUCCUCCUCUUCCUCCUCUUCAGGAACAGAAACACCUAAGCAGGCUUUCUUCCACCUUUACCACCCGCUGGGGUCACAGCAUCCUUUCUCUGCUGGAGGGGUUGGGCGAAGCCAUAAACCCGCCCCUGCCCCCUCUUCUGCCCUGCCGGGCACCACAGAGCAGCUGAUUGCCUCACCUCAUCUGGCAUUCCCAGGCACCACAGGACUGCUGGCAGCUCAGUGUCUCGGGGCAGCAAGGGGCCUUGAGGCUGCUGCCUCCCCAGGACUUCUGAAGCCAAAGAAUGGAAGUGGUGAUCUGGGCUUUGGGGAAGUGAUGAGCCCCCUGGAGAAGCCCGGUGGAAGGCACAAAUGCCGCUUCUGUGCCAAAGUAUUUGGCAGUGACAGCGCCCUGCAGAUCCACCUCCGCUCCCACACAGGUGAGAGGCCCUAUAAGUGCAACGUCUGUGGUAACCGCUUUACCACUCGUGGCAACCUCAAAGUACAUUUCCACCGGCAUCGUGAGAAGUACCCACAUGUGCAGAUGAACCCACAUCCGGUACCAGAGCACCUAGACUACGUCAUCACCAGCAGUGGGCUGCCUUAUGGCAUGUCGGUGCCACCAGAGAAAGCUGAAGAGGAGGCAGCCACACCAAGUGGAGGUGUUGAGCGCAAGCCUCUAGUGGCCUCCACCACAGCACUCAGUGCCACAGAGAGCCUGACAUUGCUGUCUACCGGUGCAAGCACAGCUGCAGCUCCUGGGCUCCCGACUUACAAUAAGUUCGUGCUCAUGAAAGCAGUGGAGCCCAAGAGUAAAGCUGACGAAAAUACUCCCCCAGGGAAUGAGGGCUCAGCCAUCAGUGGAGUAGCAGAAAGUGGCGCAGCAACCCGCAUGCAGCUAAGUAAGCUGGUGACCUCACUGCCAAGCUGGGCGCUGCUUACUAACCACUUGAAGUCCACUGGCAGUUUCCCCUUCCCCUAUGUGCUAGAGCCCUUGGGGACAUCUCCUUCUGAGACAUCGAAGCUGCAGCAGCUGGUAGAAAAGAUUGACCGCCAGGGAGCUGUGGCUGUGGCCUCCAGUGCCUCCGGAGCUCCCACCACUUCUGCCCCCACACCUUCCUCUUCAUCUUCCUCUGGACCUAACCAAUGUGUUAUAUGUCUCCGAGUGCUGAGCUGUCCUCGGGCCCUGCGCUUGCAUUAUGGCCAACAUGGAGGUGAGCGGCCCUUCAAAUGUAAAGUGUGUGGCAGAGCCUUCUCCACCAGGGGCAAUCUCCGUGCACAUUUUGUGGGUCACAAGACCAGUCCAGCUGCCCGGGCCCAAAACUCCUGCCCAAUCUGCCAGAAGAAAUUCACUAAUGCUGUCACUCUGCAGCAACAUGUUCGCAUGCACCUGGGGGGGCAGAUCCCCAACAGUGGUACCACCCUCCCAGAAGGUGGAGGAGCUGCCCAGGAGAAUGGCUCUGAGCAAUCUACAGUUUCUGGCCCAGGGAUCUUCCCACAUCAGUCCCAGCAACCAUCACCCGAAGAGGAGUUGUCUGAGGAAGAGGAAGAGGAGGAGGAAGAGGAGGAAGAUGUGACAGAUGAAGAUUCCCUAGCAGGAAGAGGCUCAGAGAGUGGUGGUGAGAAGGCGAUAUCUGUGCGAGGUGACUCAGAAGAGGUAUCCGGGGCAGAGGAGGAUGGGGGAGCAGUGGUCACAGCACCUGCGGCUGGGAAGGAGAUGGACAGUAAUGAGAAAGCAACUCCACAGUCUUCUCUGCCACCACCUCCAUCAGCGCCUGAUAACCUGGAUCUUCCCCAGCCCAUGGAGCAGGGAACCAGUGAUGUUUCAGGAGGCAUGGAAGAGGAGGCCAAACUGGAGGGGAGCUCAAGCCAGGUGAUGGCACUCGCUCAAGAUGGGGAGGGCACCUGCACCCCCACAGUGGAGGAGCUGAACUUACAGGAAGCUGCGAGAAAGGAGCCAGGAGAGAGCAGCAGCAGAAAGGCCUGUGAAGUGUGUGGCCAGACCUUUCCCACCCAGACAGCUCUGGAGGAGCAUCAGAAGACCCACACCAAGGAGGGGCCACUCUUCACUUGUGUUUUCUGCAGGCAGGGCUUCCUUGAGCGGGCUACCCUCAAGAAGCACAUGCUGUUGGCUCACCACCAGGUACAGCCCUUUGCACCCCAUGGCCCUCAGAAUAUUGCUGCUCUUUCCUUGGUCCCUAGCUGCUCCCCUUCCAUCACUUCCCCAGGGAUCACUUCCUUCCCUCGAAAAGAUGACCCCACAAUCCCAUGAGCCUGUUUUUGUGCCUGCUGCCCUUUGACCCAGGGAGCAGAAACCGAGCUCCAUAGAAGGAUCUCCAAAUGGACCCACCCUCACCUUGCCUUUUUCUCUUGAGUUCUUUGAUGGUGUGUCUCCAGUGACUUUUCUCUAGUCCCUGAGCUUGAAAAUUGUGAGUAAAAGGGAAUGACUCCCUAAGGAUUUUUUAGCCCCUUUUCAUUCUUUGUAAGUGAGGAAAAUAGAUGGUCUACAGCUUUCAUCUCAAGGGGAGCCCUCUCGUCCUCACCUUUUCCAUCUGGCAGGUGCACCUGAACCCCCACCUUUGGAAUUGCAGCUUUGCUCAAAGGGGCUGGCAGCUGUCUAUGGAGGGCCCAGUGCCACUCUGAUGAUGAUCAAGCCACCCUGCAGGACUUCUUGUCCCAGGACCUUCCUGAGGAGCCUGAGGGACAGGUUCCCUGCCUUUCUGAAACCCAAGUUUUCCUGUCACGUGGGCUACCCAUCAAGCCCUGGAGUUCCAGCUCCACCACAUAUCCCUUCAGCCCUGGCAUCACUAGUACUGUUAAGCUCAGAAACCAUGCUUUGAGAAGGUGACUCUAGUAACAGGCCCCAGAGGGGUCAAGAAGUAUAGCCUCUCUCCCCCAAUUUCAGCCUCCUGGUAUCCAAGGCAGUGCCUAACAAGCACGCCAGAGUAAAAAAGUAAUAAACUAGUUUCCGCCUCCCUCUCCCUGUUCCAGAAACUGCUGGUAGUAACUGGUGGCUCAACCCUAGGAGAUAGGGAAGAAUGAAGGGUGUGGGAUGCUCUUUCUAGUACAUCCCUUGAUUUGUCACAUCAAGGCAAAGAUAGUGGCUGGUCAAGAUGCAAGGACUCUUCCAGCUUCUCAUCACGGCCUCUCAGAGUUAGGAAAACAAGCAGAUUUCUUGCCAAGAGGUCUCCCAUGGGAGACGUUUUGGGAUCUCUAAGGUAUCGGUGAGGGUGGUUAAUGAAGUAUUGAUGGAGGAUUGAGUGCUGCUUUAGCACAUGGGGACUGCUGGGAAUCGGUGUGGUAAAUGAAGAACAGGACAUGGUGCAAGGGAGGGGACCUUCAGUUCUCGUAGAUGUAAACCUUCUUGUGAAUGUUCCUUUGGGCUGAUAGUGACAUGGCGUGCAUCAGUGAGCCAGGGACCAUGGGGAAUCCUAGCACUAGAAGGCUUCUAGUUUUAGAUAACUCCCUCUUUCAUUCCCUUGCCCCAUGUAUUUCCCUCAUCUUCCUCUCAAAACCCCUUUCAUCCCAAGUUUUGCCUGAUCAUGGACCAGAGCUUAGGUCUUUGUUUUUGUCUGCUUCUAAGAGGCCCAGACUUUGAGAGACAAGCUCUAAGUGCUUCUUCCCUGCCUCACUGUCUUGUAAUAAGAUGUAGUUUGCUCUUAACAUAGGAUCAUGUGAAACGGAAGUUCUGAGGAGGAGAGGACCUUUUGCUGUUGACUGACUUGAAUGAUGGUCCUCUAAAGUAGUGGGCUCCAGAGCUUCCCAAUACACUGAAAUGUUAAGAGUAGAGAGGGGAAUACUAGUCUCUUUCCCUUCAUCAUUAAAGGUGUUUUGGCCAAA